AUGCAAGAAUUUGCGCUGAAUAAGAAGGAAGUUGGGCUGAGCAAGCCCAGCGGCGUAGACGAAGAUGCAAAGAGAGACAAAAGGAUGCGAGUGGCUGACAUGUGCGAAAUGAAGAAAAAAUCCAUUGAAGAUAUAGAAGGGCUAGGCGAGUACGACAUAGACAAGAAGGACGAGCUGGAGGAGGAGUCGUACUACAAGUUACUGUCAAUAGCAUAUGCCCUAGUAGCAAUUAUAUCAGACGCGCCCUAUUUCCUAAUAGUAUCAAUGGGUGAUUAUUUCAGGCAGGCAUUUAAUGUCAAGGAUAUACUGAUAACGGAGUUUGCUCUAAUGGAAAGCAUAGUGUUCAUCGUUGUAUGUGUAUUUUUACACCUCAUUGGAAGUUACAGAUUGAAAUGGAAUUUGUUCCAACCACUUCUCUCCACACUCUUUUUAACAUUAAUAUAUUUAGUGGUGUGUUUCAAGACCGACUACAUAGGACACAAGAUAGUUAUUUUCAGCGUUAUACCAUUUGCAAUAAUAGCAUGUGUUAUAAAAAUGACUACAAUGAAAAUAUGUGUUCUCUUUAGAAAGCAGUACUGUACAGCGUAUGUUUGUGGAUUGUCCCUAUCCGGAUUUGUGGUAUUUAUUUUGUACGUACUUGGAGCCUAUGUCUUCUUCGCAGAUGAUGAAAAUAAAUUUCGUAAAAUGUUUUCCCUCUUUUGUGGAGUCUUCUCAUGCAUUGCGCUAACAGCCUUUUUUAUUUUGCAAAAAAUUUACAAGCUUCCAUUUGUUGAGAGACUUAGAGAAAAAUAUGAAGAUAAAGGAUUCCUCAUUAAUAAAACGAUUUUGGUGGACUCUGUGAAAUCCAUUUCUGUUGUUUGGGAAUAUGUUAUUAUUGGCUUCUUAGCAAAUUUCAUAGCAUUUCAGAUUUACCCUACAGUUUUUCCUAUUUGUAUUAAAUCGAGCAAAGAAAUGAAAGGGCUCUUGUCUGGAUUACUACUUUUCGGAGACUCAUCGGCCCAUUUGUUGGUUCACUUUUUGGAUUCCUACUUUUUGAAGAUGAAUUUCUGCGCCUUCUUCUUUAUCAAAUUAGUGAUGAUUGGAUUUUUACCCAUUUUUGCCAGUUUAGUUAUUUACCACAGUUCAAUUUUUUACAAUUCUUACUUUUUAAUGGGAUUAUCCUACGCCUUCGGAUUUUGUCACGGGAUUUUGUCUAACUCUGUUUUCGUGAAAAUUCCUGAAGUCUGCAGAAAGCGGAAGAAGGAGCAGUACCUCAAGUUGGCACCCAACAUCGUCUUCUUGGCCUUCGUGCUGGGUACCAUGAUUGGCGUCAUCACGUCUAAGCUGCACGUGAUCCUCCUGACAGGGCGCUAG